AUGGCCACUCUCACUCUCACUCUCACGACUCAUAGAGGCAUAACGAAGUCCUUUUCGCGCGUUGCUCGUCACUUUUCGGUAUCUGCAUGUCGGCGAGAGAUCAAGGACAUCCAGAGUCUUGCACCGCGGGUCCUCCCAUUAUAUAAAGAGUCUGACGGAAGCGACUUGCUAUCUCUUCAAUGGCCGUCGCCCCCUCGAAAUGUCUUGAUAGUCAAGAAACUUGGCGCGCCCGCGGUCACAAAGUCCUUGAUAGAAUUCGUCAAUCAUAUAGUAACGACAUAUCCAUCCCUGUCUAUCAUAUUGGAGCCGAAGACUGCGGAAGAAGUUCACUCGUCUCUUUCAGUUCCCGUAUUCACAUCAACUCCAGACAGACCUCUAACGGCAUCCACACAUGAGAAAGCGGACAUGGUUGUCACCCUAGGCGGGGAUGGUACUAUUCUUCGGGCAUCUUCUUUGUUCGCAACGUGCCAUAACGUCCCUCCUAUGCUGUCAUUCAGUAUGGGCACGCUGGGAUUUCUCGGCGAAUGGAAGUUUGAAGAAUAUAAACGGGCCUUUCGGGAGGUGUAUAUGUCUGGUUCCGUGGCUGGUGACCGUACCCCGGUCUUGGAUGACAUGCAAUCAGUUGUCGCAGAUGAAGAUGUUGAAUCAAAAAUGGGGCCCACCGGAUGGUCCUCUAUCCGUGGAAAAUCGAUGGGCUCUACACGGGGAGCUCGUAUCCUCAUGCGCAAUCGUCUACGCGUUGGACUAUUUACGCCAGAUGGGGAAUUGAUCAAUACGCCAACAAAUGGCAAUAUGGCAGAUACCGAGGGCCCCAACGGGCGUGUUUAUGCGAUGAAUGAGGUACUAAUUCACCGGGGGAAAGAGCCUCACUUGGCUGUCCUCGAUGUGUUUGUUGGCGGGCGCUUUCUAACUGAAGCUGUUGCUGAUGGCAUGAUCGUCUCGACGCCAACCGGGAGUACGGCGUAUAGUCUAAGUAGCGGAGGAAGCAUUGUGCAUCCCUUGGUCCCGUCCCUACUUCUGACCCCCGUUUGUGCUCGCAGCUUAAGCUUUCGACCUCUUGUCUUGCCCUCUAGCACGCCAAUCACUCUACGAUUGAGUCCGAAGAACCGCGGCCGGGAAGUUGAAGUCAGCAUUGACGGCAAGAACAUGGGCCAGGGCAUGGCCGUUGGCAUGGAGGUGCGUGUAUGGGACGAGGAAAUACGACAUGGGAAGAACGAUUGGCGCGGUGGAGUCCCGUGUGUGAUGCGCAGGACGAUUGGCGUCACAGACGACGGCUUUGUCGGUGGGCUGAACUCGUUGCUGAAAUUCAAUUACCCAUUUGGAGCGGAUUGA